AUGAAGCAGAUAAUCUUCGCGACGUAUCUCGUCCUAGCAGGUCUGGCUAGUGCCCAGAAUGGGUCGAGCAACGCCUGCAAUGUGACGACGCAGUACUUGGCUGAUCCGCCAUACGAUAACUACUUCUAUUCGGACUGUAAUGUUGACGCACAGGUUGUAGUGACGAGUCCAUUGUCUUCGUCCAAUCUUUCAAUAAUUGGACCUAGAGUUGUUGUGGCCUGGCCAGCAGGAAACAGUGGCAUAGCGGUCUUCUUUGCUCCCCAAAACGGACCCAACGGAACGCUCGCUAUUGAGCUUGUCAAUUCCACUAUUGGAGAACCUCUAUCAGUCUACACGAAUACCGACAGCAACAAUGACUUUCCGUACGUGGGCGUGCAAGGAGUUUUAUCCUUUAACUCAUCGGCGAUGUUGACAGUGGCCAUUCUGGGCAGUGUCAGGACAAUUCGUGAUUUCACAGAAGGUCCAAGUCUAUUACGACCCGCGAUACAGGAUGCCAUCAAUGUCACACAAUACAAUAAUAGCGGCGCUUCCUAUGGGAGAAUGUGGUUAGAUAACACGACUGAGUCGUACUUCAAUCUAGUACCGUUCGAGAACGACAAUGGCACUAUUGCGAUGAAUGCCCAGGAUCGAACUGUUAGCUUUGGCGCGGGCUUCUACCACUUCGAAGCAUAUUUCAAUUAUCCUCAACUACAGCAGUUGACGUCCCAGGAGGUAUUGAACAAUGCUUCGCAAGGACUCAUCGAGCAGCAACCUUCACAGACUACGUCACUAUCAUUCUUGUCGUACUCAGAGAAACUGUUAGCUGGAGCAUGGCGCUUCUUGACAUAUUUCGGUCGAGAUAGCAUGAUCUCGGCAUUGUUGCUUGAGCCAGUUUUGAGCACUGGCAAUGCAUCAGCCAUGGAAGCUGUCAUUGGUGCUGUACUUGAGAGGAUUAAUCGGACCGACGGCUCAGUUUGCCAUGAAGAGACGAUCGGAGAUUAUGCCACCUACCUCAAUAUGCAGAACAAUAUUACAGGCGACAACGCGACAGCUGCGAUAUUCACUUAUCCUAUGAUUGACACUGAUUACUUCUUGCCCAUCCUGAUGGACGUAUACUUUUCCCGAUACCCUGAUCGCAUCGAUCCUCUGCUAUCGACCGAAGCCGGAUUGAUCGACACAACCAACGAGAACCUGACAUAUGCUGAGCUUGCGCUUUUCAAUGCUCAAAAGAUUGUCAACAUCACUACACCCUUCGUCGACAACCAAACGGUGGAGAACUUGAUACAUCUCAAGCCCAGCGAGGUGGUCGGACAAUGGCGUGACUCGACGUAUGGCCUUGGUAAUGGUCGCAUCCCAUUCGACGUGAAUUGUGCGCUGGUGCCGGCUGCGCUCCGAGCUAUUUCGCGACUCUCCCAACUGGGUGGUAUCUAUCCAAACACAUCAUCAGGAACAUCCGUGUUGACCAACUACAGCAACUGGGCUAGCUUUGCUCAGGAAAGCGCUAUAACAUGGGAGGAGAACACUUUGUCUUUCUUUGAGCUUAACUUGACCGUGUCGGAAGCCUCGUCCAGGGUGAAUAACUUCGUUAAUACUGCCACGUUCUACGAUGGCCCAACAAAUAAUGCCAGCCUGAGCACCAAUAGCAACGAUGCUAAUGGAACGAUUACCUUCUACGCAAUAGCUCUCAACGGUUCCAUGUCAGCUCUCGAGGAUGAUGACCUUGAUACCUACUCGGAACCAAUCCCCAUCAUGCAUACCGAUACCGCAUUUCACCUGUUCCUGCUCAACUCCACCAACACUUCCAGCACUGCAUAUGCUCGCGAGCACACUCGUUUCCUCAACAGUACCGCAAACACUAUCCUACGCGCCUUUCCUGCAGGUCUUGUCACACCAUCUGGUAUGGUAGUAGCCAAUCCAGCUCUGUCAAACUCCGACGUCCUGAUUGCUAACUUCACAAACUCCGCUUACCACGGCACGGUAAUUUGGAGCUGGCAAUUGGCUCUCAUGGCGGAAGGUCUGCAUCGGCAAUUGGCAGUAUGCAAUUCGUCGUCGAGCUUCACUCCUGCAUACUGCGAGGAUGCCUACGUGUACAACGCAACGAGGGCGGCCUACAAUGUUCUAUGGGACAACAUUGAGCAGAAUGAGGCACAACUGCAGAGUGAGGUAUGGAGCUGGACGUAUGAUGGAAAUAAUGAGGCCAGCAAUAGUACGGACAGCUUCACGACUGUGCCAUUAGGGAGCUUGCCGCCUCCGCCUGGGGUGAGUGGUGGUACGGAGAGUAAUGUGAGGCAGUUGUGGAGUCUGACCUUUUUGGCUGUACGGAGAGAUGCAGAAUACGCAUGA